CUCUCUCACUAUCUUCUCUCUCUCUCUCUCUGAUCAAUGGCAAGCCAAAAGCUCUUCCCUGCCGGACUCAUGGUCCUAAUUGUUGUUCUUGUCCUAGUCCAUGAAGCUUGCAGUGCCAACAAUAGUCAUUACCAAUGUCCUGCUUCUUCCUGCGGCAAUAUCCACAAUAUAAGAUAUCCCUUUCGGUUGAAUGGUAUUGAUCCACCAAACUGCGGUGAUGAAAGGUAUAAUUUGUCAUGUGAGAAUAACCAAGCAGUGUUAUACUUAUAUGAUGGAAGAUACUAUGUACAGGAGAUCGAUUACCACAACUACACAAUCCGACUUGUAGACUCAGGUAUUCAGAAGGAUAACGACUCCUUCAUCCCUCGUUAUUCUCUAGGCACAACUAAUUUCAGUUCUGGGGAUCCAUAUGCUCUACAUCAUCCAUAUUGGAUCAGCUGCAAUUCGUGUGAAGUUAGCGGUAGUUAUUGCUCUUUGAGCUUGCCCUAUCUGCAUCGGACAUCUAUGGUUUUCGUUAACUGCGAAAAAAAAGUGAAGUCUCGGAGGUAUAUGGACAUUUCUAGUUGCUUUAAGAAUGGAGGAGGAGUGUAUUCUUCCAACUCUUUUUUAUCCCAUUCCAAGAGGUAUACAUAUGUUAUUGCUGGCAGAACCCCAGCAUAUUGCAUUCCAGAAGACCUGAUGAUGAGCGUAUGGGAUUUGGAGGAGUCGUGCCAAAUAGAGCAAAUGUAUCUGUCAACAUCGAGGGUAUCUUUUUGUCCAAAUAAUAGUGAUAGAUAUUUUCGAUGUACUGACUUUUACGAUGCAGUGGUCUCCGGCUUUAUGCUUUCAUGGUUCCAAGUUGCUUGUCAUAAUUCCACACCUAGAGAUGGUCUUUGCUACAUCACUGACCAUAAGAAUUACACUGUUCAGUGCUUCCCUCAAUCAUCAGGCCUCUUCCCUCAAUCAUCAGAGGUGCCAGCGGGAUUCUUUAUUAGACUGCUUUGGAAAUGUGGCAAAGUUCUUGCAGCUGUUAUCAAACUACUAGUGCCGAGGAAAAUAAGACAAAAAUAUGGCAUUCCUUACAUACAUGAUGGUGGCUUAGACAACUACACAGAGUUUUGGGACACCGGCUUCCCGUUGAACAUGCUCCUCGUCAUCGGACCAUCCAUUGCACUAAAGGUACUUGGGACUCCCUGUGUGAUUGCAUUUCUCAUAUAUAAAUGGCGUAGGAGGCAUUUAUCGAUGUAUGACAAUAUUGAAGAAUUUCUGCAAAGCUACAAUAAUCUCAUGCCAAUAAGGUACUCUUACUCAGAAGUUAAGAAGAUGACCAAAAGUUUUACGGAUGAAUUAGGUGAAGGAGGCUUUGGCACUGUAUUUAAAGGAAAGCUUCGAAGUGGCCGUCUUGUGGCUAUAAAGAUGUUAGGCAAGUCUAAAGCUAACGGACAAGAUUUUAUCAACGAAGUUGCAACCAUUGGAAGGAUUCAUCAUGUUAAUGUAGUACAACUCAUUGGUUUUUGUGUUGAAGGAUCAAAGCGGGCCCUAGUAUAUGAGUUCAUGCCUAAUGGCUCCCUAAAUACAUUCAUAUUUUCCCCAGAAGUAAGUUCCCUCCUAAGCUAUGACAAAAUGUAUGAUAUAGCUCUAGGAGUGGCUCGUGGAAUUGAAUAUUUACAUCAAGGAUGUGACAUGCAGAUUUUGCAUUUUGAUAUCAAGCCUCACAACAUUCUUCUUGAUGAGAAUUUUACUCCAAAAGUUUCGGACUUUGGCUUGGCAAAGUUAUAUCCAUUAGAUGAUAGCAUUGUCUCUUUGACUGCUGCAAGAGGAACGUUAGGAUACAUGGCUCCUGAGUUGUUCUACAAAAACAUUGGAGGUGUGUCAUAUAAAGCUGAUGUUUAUAGUUUCGGAAUGUUAUUGAUGGAAAUGGCUGGACGAAGAAGGAAUAUAAAUGCAUUUGCAGAACACUCAAGCCAAAUAUACUUCCCUACUUGGGUAUAUGACCAAUUGAACGACAAAAACGACAUAGAAAUGGAAGACGCCACAGAGGAGGAAAGGAAAAUAGGCAAGAAGAUGAUCAUUGUCGCGCUAUGGUGUAUACAAAUGAAGCCUAGUGAUCGCCCUUCAAUGAGCAAAGUCGUACAAAUGCUCGAAGAAAAAGUUGAAUACUUACAAAUGCCUUCCAAACCUUCUCUAUCAUCACUAGACAUAAUCACAACCGGUGGUGAAGAGGGUUCGAAUCAAUCAAGUGAAUCAUCUCAAUCUUAGUCUUUUGAUUUAUUAUAUUUCCGCUAAAGGAUAAAAUUAGUUUUCUUAUAUAUAUUUGAUAGCGCAAAUAUGCUUAAUAUUUAUGUGUAACAAAUAAGAGUUUGUUUUGUUUAAUAUAACUCUACUUAUUACAUAACUUUUCCAAGUUCAAUUUUAUUUUCUCAUA